AUGGCAUCAAUAACUAGUGGUGGUGAUAGUGAACAUUUAGGUAUACCAACAGCAGUAUUUGUUGAAGAUGUGGAUAGUUUUAUGCAACAACCAGAGAAUGAUUCUGUAGAUACAGUUAUUAAAAGACUUGAUGAUUUAAAUAGCAAAUAUCGAUUUAUGGAAAUGAAUUUAUUACAAAAGAAAAAACGUUUACGAGGAAAAUUACCUGAUAUUCAAAUUUGUUUAGAUAUGAUUGAACAACUUCGUAAAUAUCGUGAGAAAGAUACAAAUAUGGACACAAAUUUUCUUUUAGCUCAUAAUGUUUAUGGUAAAGCAACAAUUCCACCAACGGAUAAGGUUUGUUUAUGGUUAGGUGCUAAUGUUAUGCUUGAAUAUCCUAUCGA